AAAAAGUUGUGUAAAAAUUGUGUUCAGCACCCUUGAUUAUUAUAUUUUGUGAGGCAAGCAGCCCAUCACUUAAUGCUAUGCCAUGUGAUUGAAAUUCUGACGGAAAACACAGUACUUGAAGCAGUUAUUGUGGGCGGGUUGUUGGAAACUGACGUCAGUGUAGUUGGUCGGUUACGGCGGAGGAGGGACCUCAGACCGAACUGAUCCCACGUGUGACGGAGCGCUGCAUUCCCGGCUCGCUGACACAGCUCCGUUCCAUCUGCCGACCUACCGUCUUGUGUGUGUCCGUUAGUCACUGCCUGUAGCUGGGUCAGAUAUGGAAGGAGACGGGAGCCAAACCACGUCUGGAAGCCCGAAUGAUUCGCAACACGACCCUGGGAAAAUGUUUAUCGGUGGCCUCAGCUGGCAAACUUCACCAGACAGCCUUAGAGAUUAUUUUAGUAAAUUCGGGGAAAUCCGAGAAUGUAUGGUGAUGAGAGACCCAACGACUAAACGUUCCAGGGGCUUUGGCUUCAUCACUUUUGCAGAUGCUGCCAGUGUUGAUAAAGUCUUAGCACACCCGCACCACGAGUUAGACUCUAAAAUGAUUGAUCCUAAAGUUGCCUUUCCUAGACGUGCUCAACCCAAGAUGGUCACAAGAACAAAGAAAAUAUUUGUAGGAGGAUUAUCAGCCAACACAGUAAUUGAAGAUGUGAAGCACUAUUUUGAACAGUUUGGCAAGGUAGAGGAUGCUAUGCUAAUGUUUGACAAAACCACCAACCGACAUAGAGGUUUUGGCUUUGUGACAUUUGAAAUUGAGGAUGUGGUGGAGAAAGUCUGCGAGAUCCAUUUUCAUGAAAUCAAUAAUAAAAUGGUAGAAUGCAAAAAGGCCCAGCCUAAGGAAGUGAUGUUUCCUCCAGGGACACGAGGUCGGGCCAGGGGCCUACCAUACACUAUGGAUGCCAUCAUGCUGGGUAUGGGCAUGCUGAGUUAUCCUAACAUUGUAGCUACAUACGGCAGAGGCUACACUGGUUUUGCACCAAGCUAUGGCUACCAGUUCACAGGCUUCCCAGCGACAGCAUAUGGACCAGUGGCAGCAGCGGCAGUAGCAGCAGCUCGUGGCUCAGGGUUCCCUGAUUAUGGGUUGUAUUCCACGGCCAGCAGUGAUGUGCGGGGCGGAGCGCCCUACUCCCUGGCCGACUAUGACUCCCUGGGGGCCCAGGCAGCAGCUCAAAUCCUGCCCAGUGAGCAUGCCAACUCAUCCUGCAACUCUCCCAGCUCCCUCCAGCACCACCUGCACAGCCCGGACCCUUUUAAGAGCCCAGGAACCAACCAAACCCAGCCAGGAGCCUUUCCUGGUGCCAACAGCCCUGGCCCUGUAGCUGACCUUAAUGGAACUGCCAGUCAGGACUCUGGUGUGGGCAACUACAUCAGUGCCACCAACCCUCAACCAGGCUCUGGCUUCAGCCACAGCAUUGCUGUGAUGCCAUCCAGCACUAACCACUACAGCAUCCACGCAGUGAGCCAGAGAGGAGGUGGCACCAGAUGAAGAACAGUUCUGAAAACAAAAAGUCAAAAAUCAUCACAGAAAAAAAUUGACAGUCCAGUGGCAAUAAGUCUGACCUGCUAUGGAGAUCCUUCUGACUGU